UGGGAGGGAGGAGCUUGUGUGGCACUGAAUGACUCGUAGAAUCACCUGUCACUCGUGACAAACUUGUCACUGUGGCACUGUCAUGCAGUGUCUGUGGCACUACUGGCACACUUACGUUAGGAAAUCCAAAGAGGACGCACACUUCUUACUGGUUACCUCCAAGACAGGCAGUAGAGUAUGUAGGGUAGCUAAAGCAGAGUGCAGUGUGGCAUCUCGGCCCACUCGACGUGGGGAUAAUGUGACAGCUUGGACUCCAGCGUCUUCUCAAGAGCUAAGGCUGUGAUAGUAAAGGAUUUAAAUAUAAUACUGUACUGUUUAUAGAAAUAGGAAAUAUAGUUAAUCUUAAAUAAAUCUUCACUUUUGUUAACUUUUCACAGUACAGUACAGUAGUUGUAUUUAAAAAGUUCCUUAGAAAAAGCAUAAUAGCUAGAACACAGAUCCUCAUAUAUUAUUUAUUUAUUGAUCACUGAAAUUUAUAUCAGUGUUGCUCAAAACACAUUUAAAAAUAAUAAAUAAAGCAGUUAAUCAGAAUUCUCAUUAAUAAGUUAGAGGCUAGAUAUUUAUAACUUUAUUACACUACCUAUCACCAAGUACUGUAUAAACAAGCACCCAACUUAGUCAUUAUCAGACGUCAUUAAAGUAGUUAUAUCAUAUGACUGACUAUCAUAUUUUGUCAAAUCAUUAAGUCUAUAAAAGGACAAUUUUAGCUGCCAAUAAUUUAGGCAGCCAAAAUUCUACGUGGGAGAAAAUUUCGCCCUCAUCGGAGCCGCCUCAGAGGAAGGAUGGCGGCAGUUGAGGGUCAGGCAACCCAGCUGGACUUUCAUCAAGCUAUGGAAGACUUCAAAACUAUGUUCCCAGAUGUUGAUGCUGAUGUUAUUGAGGCAGUGUUACGAGCCAACCAAGGAGCUGUUCAUGAGACCAUUGACCAACUGUUGACAAUGACCACAGACACUGAAAGUCAGAGUGAAAGUGUUGGCAAUCAGUUGGCACCACAUGGAGGAAGUGGAGGUGUAGGGGCCUGCAAUGAAUUGCCACCAUCAUAUGCCCUUUCUGCGACACCACCCCCAAGUUAUCACCAAGCGGUUCCUUCUCCACAUCGUUCUCCACUUCGUGGAGGGUUAGCCCAGUCUGAGGAAUCUUUAUCACUUCGAGCACAGAGAAACUGGAAUCCCCCAAUGUUGCUUCCUUUACCGGCUGACUUCCUAAGACUCACUCCCCCUCCCCAUCAGGGUGUAGGAGUGUUAUCUCCUCAAAGACUGAGUCAGCGACUCAAUGAAAAUGCUCUGGCACGAGAGGCAGUUGGAGAGAGUGAUGCUGAACUUGCUCAGUACCUGAAGGAUGAACGUAUAGCCCUCUUCCUCCAAAAUGAUGAGUUCAUGGAUGAGCUACGAACUAAUCGAGAGUUUAUGACUGCACUGCAAGAGGAUUAUGAAUCUGAAGCUGGAGAUGAUGACGAAAUGGAAGGAGCAGAAGGUAAAGGCCAACUUGCUCAGCUUGAUGAUGCAACACUCAGAGAGAGAAUUGCUACUAUGGGAAAAGCAUCAAGAAAGAAAUUUGCACAGAUAGCAAAGGUUUUUUCACGCCGCAAACGCACCAGUGGACGUAGCUUACUCCCGAGUGCUGGACGAGACCAGUUGCUUAUAUCUGCAGACCCACUCAUUGAAGAUGAAGAUGAUGAUAGACAACCACAGCAAAUACAUGUAGAAGGAGGUUUAUCUUCAUCUCCAAGACACAUACGGUAGAGAAAGGCAACAGGACGUCUGUAUUGCAGUUUGAAGAAUUUUUUGACUUUAAUUUGAAAAUGUAAUGUCUACAAGAAGAGGCACAAAUGAAACAUGGUGCAUUGUUGUCCCUAUGUAGACUACUAGACACAUCUUGUUAAAUGGAACUCAUUUCAGACUAGCAGAAGCAGGCCGUCUUGUGUAUUGUUUUGCUAGAAAGGUUGUCAACACAAAUGCAUUUUUUUUGGUUCCACUCUGUACAAAGAAUUUUUUUGACGUUGGUUAUCUGAAGUUGCAAGAAAAUUAAUGCUAAUGACAGUAAUUACAAAUGCUGUAAUUUCUAGACGAUUCACCUUGUCACUUUCCUCAGGCUUUAUUCAUCAACCUAGUAUAUGUACAGUACUUAAGACACAGUAAAUAAAUUUUAAAUUAAUUUUCAUAGGAAUGAGUAUUUUAUACCAUAUUAUCUUCAUAGUGAUUGAAAUAAUGUUAAAUGAGUAUAGCUUAUAUAAUUUAUACAGCAGGUAAUCUAUAUUAUUUAUAUUAAUUCAGGAUUAGGUAUGAAUUUUUUUAUCAUAAUAUUAAUUUUUAUUUUGAAUCUUCCCUUGUUUUGAUGGUUGUUGGUUAAUUACCAUUUCAUGUAGUCAUCUCAUUUAUUUCAUGGAGGAAUUGGAGGAAUUCAUCAUUGAACAAAUCCUUUAUGUGAAACUGUUACAUAGUAGUUGUAAAGGUGUUUAGAAAAAAGACAUAGUAUAUUGCAGGUUUAGAAUCUACAGUACCGUAAUACAGUAUAUGGAAACAACAAAUACAGUACAUCAUUCAGGAGAAGGUAAAUGAUUGUGUUCAUUAUUAAAAAAAUUAUAUUGAUUAUUACAGUUAAAUGAGCAGCUGCCUACUCGAGGGAAUGUAGCUGAAGCCUGCACACUUCCCUGAAACAUCAUGUGGCCAAUUACAUACGUACAGGAGUAAUAAAUUAUAAUAACAUGGUAGUUAUGCACUCUUAACUUUCUAAGAGAAAUAUUGUUGCUAGUGUAUGAAGAUAACUUUUCUGUUUAUUAUGAAAUCUAAAUUUUCAAAACUAAUACUUUUAAUACAUUCAAAAAUUUAUUAAUAUAUGUAGAAUUAGUUGAAAGUUUUGUAUACAGUACAAUAUUUGCUAUAUACAAAAUGCUGUUAAUUUUCAUCAGAAUACAUUAUACUAUGUCUUUUGACCUUUUAAGCAUAUGACCAAAUAUUAAACAAUGAUAGUAUACCUCACAGUGUUAAAACAAUAUUUGCAUUACAAUUGUUUUGCAUAUUUUGACAGGAAAAUAAUAUAAACAAGUUCUCAUUACAACAUAUCCUUUGAUAGUUGAUGCAAAAUUGUAAAAGUACACUUGAGAAAGCUUCUUGAAUGUGCUUGCUACUAAAUUUUGGUUCAUGAACUGUGUAAUGCAAUAUUACAUAAGUCACUUAGGGCAGUUUAAGAUGACGUUAAAUGGAUUAAAUAUAGUUUGGUUUACUAAAUGGUAGCUAUGAAUACCAUAAAUACUACAUGUGUUGACAGUGAUAUAUAACAUGAGACUGAAUUACAGUGUUAACCAGUGUUGUAAUAUAUGUUGUUUGUGGCACAUGCAUGGUGGUACCUGCUUAGACUUUCAUAACAAAUUGGUUACUUUAUAUAAUUUAUUAUCUAACAACACCCACUUGCAAUGACAAAGAUUUAGUAGAAAGACAUGGGACUAAGUUAAUGUCUGAGACACUGAAUGUCAUUUCUUAUAGGCAUAAUUAAGUGUUAAACAGGGUUUUCUUCCUGCUUCUUGUUAAGGGGGGUACAGAAACAACAUACUGCACAUAUUCCUGCUUCUCUGCCUCUGUACUUGUGUUUUCAUGCUUUUAUAUACUACCAUAUACUAUAACAAAAAUUAUACAAUAUAAAAAGAAAAUGUUUGGUGCAUUCACUUUUUUCAGUAUCUUCACUCAGUAGUUAUCCUUUUGACACUUUCUAAAGUAUGCUAACUGUAGUAUUAAUCCUAUAUGCUUUAGUUUUGUGUGUGUGUUUCCCCUUUCCUUUUUAAGAAGUGAGUGAUAAAUGCUCAUGCAAAGAAAUUGUGAAUGUGCUGUACUUUAUUUAUCCUGAAUGUGAAGCAGUUAGAAACUGCGAUUCUUGGACUUAAGAAUUUGCAAAAAAUUACAUUGACAUAGCCAGUGUGCAGAAGGAAAUAAAUAGUACAGUAGUAUAAAAAUUAGAUUAUUGGUUUUAGGAAGUUUGAUAAGCAGUACAAAACAAAGACAAUACUUGACCACAUUUGUUAAUGUUAAGAUUCUGUAGAAGUUACUACAUACUGUACUAAUCUUGUAGUAAGCUUGAUGGAUUAUAAAUCCAUGUUUGUGAAGGUCACUUAAAGAUAAUUUUUCAAAGGCAUUUUGUAUGAUAGUCCACCAAAGAUGGUAUUGCUAUGUUGGUAGAAUAAAAUUAAGUAUUAAUAAUGCUGAAAAUGAGCAACUGAUCAAGCACAUGGCUUUAAGGUAUCUAUCUGAUUUUAAUAUUUGCUAUGUUUGUUGAAAAGGAUAUUCAUUCUGUGACAAAAUAUGUACAUAUGACAAGAAAUCUUAAGAAAUUAACUAUAGUUUGGGCAUGGCAACUUGUCUGCUUCUGGAAGAACUUAAAAUAAGUUCAUUUUGUGGAAACAUGCACUUUUAAGAUCUUUUUUUUAACACAUCGGCCAUUUCCCACCGAGGCAGGGUGACCCCAAAGAAGAAAGAAAAAAAAAUUUAAGAAAUGUUACAUAUAAUAAGUCUGGAGUUAUCAGCUAUGUAAGUGGAGAUUUCAGAUCAAGUAUAGUUAUUUAUUUAGGUGCCUCAACAGAAAUAGGAUGUUUUGUUUGUAAAUGAUGCUACCUGGUGUUGGCAAUCAUGUUUCAUGUUUAUGAAGAAAAAGGCAUGAAGCUUGAUAGUUGUAUUGCUUUUCCUUAACAGUUUUAUUUUGAAGUGUGUGUAUAUAUACACAUCUACAUUGGAAUUUUAUAUUACAUAUUUUCAUCCUGUGUACUUUGAAAAAAGUUAUGUAUACAAAUACAAGUGUAUAGAUUUUGUGUAAUAGGAAUGUUUUUGCAAAGUUUAAAUAUUUUGUUUACAAUUUAUAUAUUUUAAUACUGUAUUGUAAUUAGUUAUCUAUAGUAUUAAAUUAUAAGAUGAA